AAACUUUUAUAUUAACCCAACUCAAAAAAACAUGGAGAUGGUUGAAUUUAUCCACAUUCUUCCAUUUCUCCUUCCCAAUUUCCAUCCACAAAAAAAUUUCCCACACUAUUGAAGAUCUUGAUCUUCAUCUUCAUCACCCAUUCACUGUGUUUCCCUUCAGCUAAACCCACAAUCUAAAUCCCCAUUUGCAGCACACACCACAACGAAAUGACCUAACUCAUCACUUCCUUUAUCUCUUUAGGAUACUUAAUCGCUUGCAUUUCAAUGGUGGCCGCUUUCUCAACUCGAGCUCACCCUCUCAAAUCAACUCCAAUCGCUGCAACUCUGUAUUGUUCACCGUCUGAACCAACUUCACCUUCCCAUUUGUCGCUCUUCAAGACUUCGUUCUUUAGAGGUCAGUUUUGUAGCCGGCGCUUUCUUCGAUUCAAUUCAAGUUGUACUCAGAGACGUCAUUUAGGGAAUGUGGUAUCACCCAGUUGUGUUCUUCCAUUGACUGAGGAAAAUGUGGAGAAAGUGUUGGAUGAAGUAAGGCCAAGCUUGAUGGCUGAUGGAGGGAAUGUUGCUUUGCAUGAGAUAGAUGGGCUUGUUGUGAUAUUGAAGCUUCAAGGAGCUUGUGGUUCUUGUCCAAGCUCAACAAUGACACUCAAAAUGGGAAUUGAGACCAGACUCAGAGACAAAAUUCCUGAAAUUUUGGAAGUUGAGCAGAUCAUGGACACUGAAACAGGACUUGAACUCAAUGAGGAAAAUGUUGAAAAGGUACUUGCAGAGAUUAGGCCAUACUUGGCAGGCACAGGAGGUGGAAUUUUGGAAGUAAUUGAAAUAAAAGAUUAUGUUGUUAAGGUGCGGCUGAGUGGACCUGCUGCUGGGGUUAUGACAGUUCGAGUUGCUCUCACACAGAAAUUGAGGGAGAAAAUACCAGCCAUUGCAGCUGUGCAGCUUAUAGAGUAGAAUCAGCUUUAAUUCAUAGAUGCUUGAGUUAAAACUUGUAACUUCUUUUUCUUCUUUUACUUAAUUCUUUUUUAUUCUUACAAUUGUAAUCAGGUUGCUGUUGUGGUAAAUGUUGAGAAUAGAGAAUAAUGUAUUAAGGGUUCUGGUUGAUUGGAAUUCUCUGUUGCAGCCA